AUGGAUUCAGCCGACUCCGAUUCCGUGCGCGCUGCACUGCAGGCACAAGGCAGACGACUUCAUCAGGCGGAGGAACAAUUUAACGCGGUUCGCCUCGAGAUGCAAGGGAUGUCGGAACGCCAGGAGAAUGUUCACAGUCAGGUUAGUUUUCUGACUGAUCGGUUCCAACAGCUCAUGGAUCGUCUUGACACCCUCACCGCUCCGAGUGCUGUUCUAGAGCCAGCUCCAGCUUCAGCCACAGCUCCCGCUCUAGUUUCACUUCCCACUAUUGCUCCGCCUGCUAUCCCACCACGUCUCUCCCGUCCCGAGAGAUUUUCUGGGGAUUCUGGAGACUGUCGGGCCUUUCUGGUCCAGUGUGGUCUUCACUUUGAAUUAAAUGCACCAUCUUUCCAGACAGAACGCUCCAACGUGGCUUACGUGAUAUCAUAUCUCUCUGGCAGGGCAGAGAAAUGGGCGACUGCCGAGUGGGCAAGAAACUCGCACGUCUGCUCCUCGGUUCAGCUGUUUACGAAUACACUGAGCAAGAUCUUCAACACCACUAACCCAGGUCGAGAGGCAGCACGAGCACUGAUGGGAUUUCGCCAGGGCAAUCGGCGUGUCUCUGAUUAUGCCAUUGAAUUUCGCACAUUGGCGACCGAUAGUGGCUGGAAUGAGGAAUCCUUGUUUGACGCGUUCCUGUAUGGGUUAGCGGAGCCCAUAAAGGAUCAGUUAAUCAAUCGCGAAUUGCCAGAAGAUGUGGACUCUCUCAUAGCACUGGUCGUCAAGAUUGAUAAACGUCUUCAGGAUCGUGAGAAAUCCAGGCCUGACUAUUCUGCACCUUUCCAGAGGGGACAGUCGACUACCACUCAACCGUCCUGGCGAGCUCCGGCUCGGUUCACACCCGGGUCCGUCGCACCAGCGCCCUCUGCGGGUACGGAGGAGCCAAUGCAGCUGGGUCGUACCAAGCUCAGUCCAGAGGAGCGUCAACGUCGAGUCCGUGAGGGAAGAUGCAUCUAUUGUGGGCAGAUGGGCCACUACCUCUCAGGUUGUCCAGCGAGGGACCAGGCCACUGCAAGAUAUACACUGGUGAGCCACACUACUGUUUCUUCUGUUCGACCUCUUAUGCAAGCAGUGCUUAUCACACCAUCUCAGACUGUCAUUUAUCCUUUCUUAGUUGACUCCGGGGCUGACGAGAGCUUUAUGGACUGGAGCUGUCUGGAACUUCCUGUUUCUCGUUCUGCUGUUCCCUCGCCUUGCUCAGCUUCUUUGGACUCCAAUUUCCCAGAUCUCUCCAGAGUGCCUUCAUGGUACCUAGACCUCAAGGAAGUCUUCAACAAGACUCGGGCUACCUCUCUACCGCCUCAUCGACCUUAUGACUGUGCCAUUGACCUGCUACCAGGUAGUUCACCCCCUAGGGGGCGCCUCUAUUCUUUGUCUUCCCCGGAGGUAAAGACUAUGACCGAGUAUAUUGACUCUUCCCUGGCGGCGGGACUUAUUCGGCCGUCCUCCUCUCCUGCCGGAGCUGGGUUCUUCUUUGUUGCCAAGAAAGAUAAGACACUCCGCCCCUGUAUUGAUUAUCGGGGAUUGAAUGAGAUAACCAUCAAGAAUCGGUAUCCUCUUCCCCUCAUCUCCUCUGCGUUUGAGCUACUAAAGAACGCUAAGGUCUUCACCAAGCUGGACCUGAGGAACGCCUAUCACUUGGUGAGGAUAAGAGAAGGGGAUGAAUGGAAGACGGCCUUUAAUACCCCCAGUGGGCACUAUGAGUACCUUGUGAUGCCAUUCGGUUUAUCUAAUGCGCCAGCGGUAUUUCAGGCGAUGGUUAACGACGUACUCCGCGACAUGUUGAAUAAAUAUGUCUUUGUUUAUUUGGAUGAUAUCCUCAUCUUCUCCCCAGAUGAGGACACUCAUGUCCAGCAUGUUCACCAGGUUCUCCAGUGUCUUCUCACCCACCAACUCUUUGUAAAGGCAGAGAAGUGUGAAUUUCAUGUGUCCUCCGUCGCUUUCCUAGGGUUCAUCGUCUCUCAAGACAACAUCCAGAUGGAUCCGGCAAAGGUUAGCGCUGAGAAGUGGUCUACUCCUACUUCUCGCAAACAUCUCCAACGCUUUCUGGGUUUUGCUAAUUUUUACAGACGUUUCAUUAGAAACUUCAGCACUAUUGCUUCCCCAUUGCAUAAACUGACCUCCUCCAACAUGAAGUUUCAGUGGUCACUACCGGCUGAGAGAGCUUUUCAAAGAUUGAAGGAGACAUUUACUACUGCCCCGGUCCUCACACUCCCGGACCCUAGUCUUCAGUUCAUGGUUGAGGUGGAUGCCUCUGACGUAGGAGUUGGGGCGAUCCUCUCUCAGAGAUCACAAGUGGACAAGAAACUCCAUCCCUGCGCCUUUCUCUCUCGGAAACUCUCUCCCGCUGAACGAAAUUAUGAUGUGGGGAAUAGGGAGUUGCUGGCUAUUAAAGUGGCUCUGGAGGAAUGGCGUCAUUGGUUGGAGGGAGCAGAGCAGCCGUUCUUGGUUUGGACUGAUCACAAGAACCUUGAGUACAUCUGGUCCGCCAAACGACUCAAUUCCAGACAGGCCAGGUGGGCUUUGUUUUUUAAUCGAUUUAAUUUCUCCUUGUCAUAUCGCCCUGGUUCCAAGAAUGCUAAGGCAGAUGCACUGUCUCGUUUGUUUGACCCUGGUUCUGCCCCGAGGUUCCCCUCUAAUAUCUUGCCUCCAUCCUGUGUGGUAGGGGCCGUUACCUGGGGAAUUGAACAAAAGGUCAGACAGGAAAAUAUUAAUAGUCAGGUGCCGGAGGGCUGUCCCCGAACCGGUUGUUUGUGUCUGUUCCACUUCGUUCCCAGGUCAUCCAUUGGGCUCAUACCUCCCGGGUUUCUUGUCACCCUGGGAUACGGCGGACUCUCUUUGUGGUCAGACAACGCUUCUGGUGGCCAUCCAUGGAGGGAGAGGUCAGGGAAUAUGUGACUGCCUGUGCCGUGUGUGCUCAGAACAAGAGCUCGCGACGUCCACCCUCUGGGCUUCUGCAGCCACUUCCUGUGCCCCAUCGCCCCUGGUCUGACAUCUCUCUGGACUUUGUUACCGGGUUGCCUCCCUCGAAAGGUAACACCACUAUCUUAACAGUUGUUGAUCGAUUCUCUAAGAUGGUUCAUUUCAUU